CGGCCAGCUGCCAGCCUCAGCAGCCUUCUCCUCCUCUGCCGCGCAUCUGUUCCUAGGCCUGCACCCGGUGCUCGCCGAGUCUCCUUCCGUUUCCUGUUCGCCGCCGCCGCCGCCCCCGCCCGACGGCCUGCACCCGGUGCUCGCCGCCUAAGGCACCGCGGCAAAGGCAGGUCCCGUUGCUUUCGCGGCCAGAGCUGGUGCUUUUUAGGCCCCUGGCAGAUCUCCCCAAGCCAGGAAGCCCUCACCAUGGCGGAGCCCUCGCCGCCGUCGUCGAAUGCUGGCCUCCGAAUCCUCCUGGCGAAGGACCGGCCUCCUCCUUCCCCUCCAUCCACCGCCGUAUCCACCGUCUCCAGUCACGCCGACCGCGACCGCAUCAUCGGAGUUUUCCGGAGUGCGCUGUCUAGGACUGAACCCCCAGAAACAUUUGCCCUUCCAACAGUUCAGGAAGCAAUUAAACCUCAGAAGGAAACAGUGUUGGUCCUAGAGGAGAACCAAUCCUUGGAAAAUGCUCUUCGAACAUUGCUGCAGGAACUUGCGUCAUCUGCAGUCCAAUCAGGUAAAAAGAUUAUGCAAUACGGAAACUCCUUGGAUAGCGGAGAAAGCAAUUGCCUUAUAACUCGCCUUCUUGAUAUUGUGCUUUACCUCUGCGAAAGAGGUCAUGUCGAGGGUGGUAUGGUCUUCCAGCUGUUAGAAGAUCUAACUGAAAUGUCGACAAUCAAAGACUGCAAAGAUAUCUUUGGUUAUAUUGAGAGCCAGCAAGAUGUACUGGGGAAGCAAGAACUUUUUGGACGUGGAAAACUAGUUAUGCUAAGGACUUGUAACCAACUACUUCGAAGAUUAUCAAAGGCAAACGAUGUGGUGUUCUGUGGGCGCAUUAUCAUGUUUCUAGCGCAUUUUUUCCCACUAUCGGAGCGUUCAGCUCUCAACAUUAAGGGAGUUUUCAACACAUCAAAUGUAACGAAGUAUGAAAAAGAUGCUAUGGAUGGAAUCUCUGUUGAUUUCAACUUCUACAAGACCCUCUGGAGUCUACAGGAGCAUUUCAGUAACCCAGCUUUGACUUCUACAAACCCGGCAAAAUGGCAAAGGUUCUCGUCUAAUUUGGCGGUUGUGUUGAGCACAUUUGAAGCUCAGCCUCUUAGUGAUGAUGAUGGAAAACUUAACAAUCUUGAUCAGGAGGAAGAUGCCGCUUUCAAUAUUAAGUACCUGACUAGCAGUAAAUUGAUGGGUUUGGAGUUGAAGGACCCAAGUUUUCGACGCCACAUCCUUGUACAGUGUCUUAUAUUUUUUGACUACCUCAAGGCGCCUGGAAAAAAUGACAAAGAAGGUCCUACAGGGGGCAUGAAAGAGGAAAUCAAAUCCUGUGAAGAGCUUGUUAAGAAGCUUCUGGAGGUUAUUCCACCGAAAGGGAAAGAAUUUCUGAAAAGCAUUGAGCAUAUUCUUGAGCGGGAGAAAAAUUGGGUUUGGUGGAAGCGCGAUGGGUGUCCCGCAUUUGAAAAAACACCCUUUGAAAAGAAAUCAGGUCAGGCUGGAGGCAGAAAACGGAAGCCAAGGUGGAGACUGGGAAACAAAGAGCUUAGCCAACUUUGGAAAUGGGCAGAACAAAACCCUAAUGUUUUGACUGAUCCUGACCGAGUCCGCAUGCCAUCAAUUACAGAAUAUUGGAAACCACUUGCUGAAGAUAUGGAUCCAUCCGCUGGAAUUGAAGAGGAGUACCACCACAAAAGCAAUCGGGUGUAUUGCUGGAAAGGGUUACGCUUUUCGGCCAGGCAGGACUUGGAUGGAUUUGCCCGGUUUUCAGACUACGGGAUUGAAGGAGUUGUACCUUCAGAACUCCUGCCACCUGAAGUAAAUGCCAAGUUUUCUUCAAAGCCUGCUGAAAAGGUUAAACGACUGAAAAGGGAAGAUUCGAAAGGUGCUUCAGCCCAACCCAAAGAGCCACAGGUUGCCGCCACGCCUGAAACCGAUGGUGGUGGUAGCGGGGGUGACCCAGAAGAAGGGGCAGUACCAAUGGAUUCCGACAAUGGUGCCGCGGAGGAUGGACAGAAGCAGAGCCCCGAGGAAGUCUCUGGGCCUGAAAGCGGACAGUGCGAGCCUGAAACCGAUGCUGAUGAUAACAUGAAAACGGAGACCACUAGUAGGGAUGCUCGUGCCGGGGAGAAAUAGCAGCUGUAAGAUUUCAGUCAGGACAAUGUUGUGCCAAUAUUUUCGACUGAACUUGGGCAUUUUUGUAGGCAGUGUGGCCCGGAUUGAGCUUGUAGUUAGCACAUCCUGUAAUGUUCUGUGACUGAUUGGAUUGAUGCCAUGGUGUUAACCUGACAUGUAUAUAGAAAGCUUGUUUCGGAUC